UACAUAAUUUAUACUUUCCAUUAGUUUUUAUCUUUGAUGAAGUAAUCGAUUCAACUGCGAUCAAUACUCUCCUUCGAGCAAAUCCAAACCGACAGCUCAUGGAUUCCCAACCUUGUCCUUCACUCCACUACUACAAAUUAGCUCACCAUUGACGCACCUUUCACAGGGACAACACUAGCUUCCAAGCUCCAACUCCGGCCGCAUCACAAUGAUCUCCUCAAUUCUCCUCCCCGCACUUGCUAUCCUUUCCAUCUCUACCCUCCUAGGCCGAGCAACCUCUGCCAUUGCCGCCUCCGCCGCAGCACCGGCCCCCAGUACUACUGUCGCCACCACCCCGUCCUCGUCGGGCGGCGGUGGCCUCAACCUCACCUCCAUUCUCGAAAAGGGAGCUCACUACACGACCUUCCUCCGCCUCCUCCGGGAUACUCGCGUAGGUGAGCAGAUCGAGAGCCAGCUCAACAACUCCUACAACGGCCUUACCGUCUUCGCCCCCACCGACGCUGCCUUCGCCGGGCUGAAGCAGGGCACCCUCAACAGGCUCGCUACGCAGGAGCAGGUUGCCCUCGUGCUCUACCACGUCCUCCCCCGCUUCUACACCCUCUCCUCCUUCGAGACCACCAGCAACCCCGUCAACACGCAGGCCUCCGGCCACGGCGGCGUCUACACCAUCAACGUCACCAGCACCGACAGCGGCGAUGGAGUCAACGUGUCGACCGGGGUCAAUAAGACGCCGGUCAGGGACCACAUCUACUUGACGUUUCCGUUGGCAUUGUACUCGGUGGACAAGGUGCUGCUGCCGUCCCAGCUCUUCGGGCCGAAAGCGCCUGCGCCGACGCCGGGGAAGAGGCCAGGAAAGAGUUCUCCGUUGGAGGCCAAAGGACCGGCGGCGGAAGCCGAUUCCGCUCCUGAUUCUGCAGGUAGUUCGACGGUGGUGAGAUUGGAAUGGGUUUUGGCUGCGGCGGUGCUCGUAAUUGGGAAUUUGAUUCUCUGGUGAUAAUUGCAUGAACAUUGGCUUAUCGGGGUUGUGCUUUUGGCUGUUAAAUAAGUAGUUUAUUUUCCAAUAUUGGUUUCGCUCGCAUCUUGUGAAAUUCUGUCAAUGAUCAAUUGAUUGAACUCGUUCCUUUUUUCAUUAAAAAAAUGUAUUAGUUCAUGUGCAUCAAUGUAAUUACUCAUGAUAUGUACCAUAAUAAAUAUACUGUGUUUGCAUGAUUGCACGAA